CUCUACAAAUCGCAGUCACGAAUCACGAUUCACGAGGCUGACAUUAGACAUAUAGAAAGUAGAAACACGAAAAUAAAUAUGUGCGCGUUAUUAUUGUUUACGUGUCAAAUGUGCAGUGUGACUUCCGUUUCCUAUCAGUUAUGCCAUUUUUGAUCUGUUAGAUAUGUUACCGUUAAAAUUGCACUUACAAUCAUGAGGAAAUAUUGAAGCAACAUUUGUUACCAGCUUGCGUUUGUGUCAUACUUGUGCGAGACAAUAUUCUCAAUUUGAACGCGAUGAAUUAUGAUUGCAUGCUGAUAAGUUAGUAUUAAAAAACAGCUCUGAUCAUUUUUAAAGUAACUUCUAUCGCAUUGAUCAAUAAUUAAUGGUUUCAAGUUAUUGAGGGUGAAAGAAGUUAUAGAAGAGAAGCAUCUUAUUUGUUUUUAAUUUACUUCAAGGUGUAUUCAAAAUAUUAAAAUCGAAAAUGAUAUCUCACGUAACUACUUUAGCAAACAGCAUUAUUGGUGUCAGCGUUUUGGCAAUGCCAUUUUGCUUCAAACAAUGUGGAAUAAUUCUAGCCACCCUGAUGUUAUUGUUAAGCAGCAUUUUUUCACGACUGGCUUGUCAUUUUCUAAUUAAAUCAGCAGUUAUGUCUCGUCGCAGAAACUUUGAGUUCCUAGCUUUUCAUGCAUUUGGUCUGAUGGGAAAAUGUAUAGUUGAAUUAUGUAUCAUAGGAUUUUUGUUUGGGACUUGCAUAGCGUAUUUUGUUGUUGCUGGCGAUUUGGGUCCUCAAAUUGUUGGAGGAGUCAUAGAUAAAAGGCCUGAAGAUAUUAGAACAAGCUUUCUUAUAACAACUGGAAUAUUUAUUGUUUUACCUUUAGGUCUUUUACGUAACAUUGAUAGUUUAGCAAGUGUCAGUACUGCAUCAAUAGCAUUUUACAUAAUUUUUGUUUUAAAAGUUGUUGGGGAGUCAACACACCACAUAAUUGCAGGAGAUUGGUUUGACAAAGUAAACUUUUGGAGGCCAGCCGGAUUGCUCCAAUGCAUACCAAUUUUUUCAUUGGCUCUGUUUUGUCAAACACAAUUAUUUGAAAUUUAUGAAUCAAUGUCUAAUCCUACUUUAGAAAAAAUGAAUCAAGUAGUGAAAGGCGCUUUAAAUAUUUGCACUGGAGUUUAUUUAUGUGUUGGUUUAUUUGGAUACAUAGCGUUUUGUGCCCAACCAUUCACAGGAAAUAUACUCAUGAGUUUUGAACCAAGUUUAACUUCUGAAAUUAUAAAAAUAGGAUUUGUAUUAUCUGUGGCAUUUAGUUUUCCUCUAGUCAUUUUUCCAUGCAGGGCAAGUCUUAAUUCACUUUUGUUUAAACAAGGAUAUACAUAUGAUGUUGCUGCAAGUUACAUCAGUGAAACAAGAUUCCGAUGUCUUACUUCACUUAUUGUAUUGGUUGCCUUAUCAGUUGGAAUUUUGAUUCCUAACAUUGAAUUUGUUCUUGGGAUUGUUGGUUCCACAAUUGGAGUGAUUAUAUGUUUGAUUUUCCCUGCAAUGUUCUUCAUAUCUAUAAGUAUUAAAAAUACAAAUGAAAGAUUACUUGCACAGGUAAUGGUAUUUAUUGGGGUAUGGAUGAUGAUUCUGGGUACUUACGCAAAUUUAUAUGCUAUGGAGCAAUCAUCAAAUUUAAAAAGUACUACAGAUAAACUUCCUAGGCAAAUCAAUGAUUUGCCAAAAAUUAUUGAUCAUGAUUCAUUUAUCAAAACAGAUGAAAUAGUAAAGCAAAUCAAUGAUUAUAAAAAAAUAAUACCUAAAGCAAGUAGAUCUAAACCUAUUGUUCCUAAUAUUCCAGAAAAUGAUAAAAAUGCUAGGAAAGAACCACCAGUUCCAGUGGAAAGAUUACCCAAACCAGAUAAAAAAAUAGAAGUUAUGAAAUUAAAAAGUGAUAGCAUUAACAUUGUUGCUCAACCCGCUGUGAAUAUAAUUAAUGAUAAAAUAGAUAAAAAUAUAGUUAAAGAAACGGAAGAAGCAUAUAAGUCCCUGAAAAAAACAAAAUCUGUUGAUACACCUUUAAAAAACAAUGUUAAUGAAGAACCCAUAAAAAAAUCUGAUGCAAAGAAUGAUAUCAUAGCAGUUGAUGCAAUAAAAAAAGAAGAAUUGGAAUUAGCUGCAGAUAAAGAUAUAAUAAUUACAGAUGGUGCUGAAAAACGUGAGCAACUUGAAAAAACUCUGCAAAAACACAUUUUGGAACAAAGAGAAAUGAUGCAAGAGCAAAAAAAAAUAUUGAAGGAUAUAGAACAUGUCAAAAAAGAUCUGCAAAUAGUUGAAAAAGAAAAUUCCAUUCUUGAAAAAAAAAAUGCAGUUGAAGUUGAAGCUCAAAAACUUAAAACUGAUGAAAAAACUGAAACGAAAUUGGUUGAUGAAAAUUUGAAAAAAGAUGCAGAAUUAGAGAAAAAUCUAACUGCAAGAGAUAAAAAUAUUAUUAAACCAAAUGGUGUCAUAAAUCAGAAUGUAAAACCAUCCGAGAUAGCCGAACCAAAAAAUAACGAAAAAGUUUUAAAACAGCCUGUCAACGUGAUUCAAAUUGAUAAUUUAAAUCCUACUAAUAAAUCUGGAAGUCAAAUAAUCAAAGCUUUAACAAAAAAAUCAUUCCAGUUGAAUAAUGAAAGUUCAGUGAUUAGAAAUAAUGGAAAAAAUGAUUCAAGCAAUAAUGAUAACAAUGUGAAUAUCAAACCAUUAACCAAUGAAAUACCUGUCAUUAUACCAAAAGUAAGUAAUGAUUCAAAAUUAAUAGUAGAAAAUAUAAACGAGGCUGGUAUGAAAAGGGACCUCCUUUCAAAACACCAAAGAGAAAAACGAAUGGUGGAAUUUGCAGAAAACAUCAAGAGUGCAUCUCAAACGAAUCAAGAAAAAAAUGUAACAGAUGAAAGUAAGUUAGUUGAUCUUGAAAGUUGUAGAAAACAAGAGAAAUUACAAAGAAAAGAUACACAGAAUGAAAAAACAGAGGGGAUUCUUGUUAAUUUACCCAAAGACAAUGAAGUGGUUGAUGAUUUAAUUAAAACUAGUUCACACUUAUCUGAACAGAAUGUUAUGGAUAAGAAUUUAGUUAAAAAAGAUUUAAAUGUAGAUAGUAAGUUUAUUAAUUUUAAUGAUAAAAACAAUGAAUGAUCUCCGACUUCCAAGGCAUUUAAGAGAAUAUUGUAAGAACCAAUGUUUAUUAUUAUGAUCAUUUUUUGAUUUUUGACAAAUUUUAAAAUGUUACCAUUAUUAAAAUGUGUAUAAAAAAUCGUUCCCUUGAAAUAAUUAGAUACUGUUGUUAAUUAUGCAUAAAGUGUAUAUAAAAUUGUAUAUAUAUACAUAUAUAAAUUCUAUGAAAAUAAAAUAGUUAAUGUUCACAUAUCGACGCUCGUAGGUAACGUCGAUACAUUUAUUUUCGAUAUCAGAAAAAUUCUAUCUACGAGUAAACCUGAUAGAAUUUAAACUUUUGGAUGGAUGGAAUUUUUUAUUGUAAACAUUUUUUGCAUCAAAGUGUGAUUGAAUUAUUAUGCACAAAGUUACUGAUAGGAACGUUAGGGAACUGUACAUUAAAAUAAAAAUUUUAAAUAUAAAACUCAAAUAUUCUAUAGUUUU